CAGACAGUCUUGGUUUUGAAAAAAAUGGACCCAUUUUUAAUUAAUUCCUGGGUUUCUCAUAUCAGAGCUGCAUGUUGGAGCAGUUGCUAGCAAUGUUGCCUUGCACCAAAAGGUGCUGGGUUGAAUUCUGGCCUCUGCAUGGAGUUUGCAUGUUCUCAUGCCUGAGUCUAAAUUGUCCGUAGGUAUGAGUAUGCACAUUCAUUGUCUUCUGUGUCUGUUUGUUGGCAUGUGAUGGACUGGCGACCUGUCCAGGGUGUACUCGGCCAUCUGCUCAAUGACGGCUGGGAAUAGGCGCCAGUCCCCCGUGACCCUGCAAGGACAAUAGGAAAUAUCGUAACCGAGUCCACGGCGUUUCUGUGAAAAGUCAUUCCACCUUUUGCUUGCAAGAGAGAAGCUGCUGUUUCAGACUCCUGCUGUCGAUGACAGAAGACAUCCACGCUCUACCCUCCUUUCAGAACUUUGUGGUCCUCAUAAUUCAUCCCAAUUCAAAUUAAAGCUUCAUGGAGCCUCAGAGGAAACCUGGUUGCCGAUGACCAAACAGAGAAGAGCCGAUGAUGGAGACCCUGCCUAUGAAAAGAGAAGGAACCGGUGCAGCGGGAGGUCUGGAAGAGGAUUCUCCAUUCUAGGAUGGUCAGAGACAGUCUGGACAGAACAUCUGAUCAGAACCAUAAACGGGAGCCAGCAGCUGAGACGCAGAGCCAGAGUCACAACCCAGAGGAGUCCCGUUGGCCUGAACAAACACCAGGAAGAGUUAAUGCAGAAAGCGAGGACCCUGCAGGAGCAAAGCUAGAUUUUCUGCUCUGGUGCAAGCUCAGAUUUGAGGAGGAGCCUGAAUCCUGGAGCCUGCCAGAGACAAGUGCUGACGCUGACAGCUUGCCUACACACCUCCGUCCAUUUACCAGCUCUGCAGAGUAUCAGCUGGUAAAACUCACCUACCUGCAGCUGCAGCAAAGUGGUUACUACUGGGGGCCGAUGACCAUGGAGGAAGCACACAAAAGACUCACUCACGCACCCCUGGGAACGUUCCUCCUCAGGGACAGUGGCCAGCCGGACGUUUUCUUCACUCUGAGCUACCAAAGCGAGGACGGCCCCACCAGCGUCCGUGUCCAGCUGAACAACCUGCUCUUCAGUCUACACGGCAGCCAAAAGACUUUCACUUCACUCUUCGCUCUGCUCGCCUUUUACACCAGCUCGCCCUGCAAGUUGACUGAGCCCUAUCGCCGGCAGCGGCCCGAGCGCCUAAAGCAGAUGUGCAGGAGAGCUCUUGUACAAACGCAUGGCGUUGAAAGUAUACGCACCUUACAUGGACUCAGCCCUGAUGUUAAAGCAUAUGUCUGUGCGUACCCGUACUGUACAUAAACAACCCUGUGGACAUAGUGCCUUUUGCUGUUUUUAGAUAACCUUUAUUAAGUUAAAGGUGAUGCAUUUUUUUAUAAUGCUGCAGACAAUUUGGUACCACAUGUAGUGACCAUAUAAAGUAUUUCAUCCACAACAUCAUUGUAUGUUUUACACAGUACACACUCCACUUAAUCACAUUAUUUUUUAUAGUAAGAAGCAAAGUGAUGCUGCAUUGACAAGACAAAGAUAAAUCAUUUCUGACCAUUUUGCACCUUUAAUGUGACAUAUACCCUUUCAGGGUUAAAUAAAAUGAUAUUAUGAGACUGCAUAAGUGUGCACACCUGCCGUCAUUCAAACGGCUUCUGAUUAACCCCCCAAAAAAGUUCAGUUGUUUUAGUAGGCUUUUCCUGGUCUGCUGAGAGUUUCUGGAGCAUCAGAGGGAUCUCAAUGUCAAAAUGUAGGAGAAAGGGGCAUAAGAAGUUCCAAGUCAUUAGAAAAACACCCUGGAUUAUAGUGAGGACGGUUAUUAUCAAGUACAAAAAAAAUAGCGCAAGGUAUUGAACCUCAUUUCAAAACUGAUUUGAACUAAUUAGACAAGACUUCAAACAGGUUUACAGCAACAUUACGGGAGAAUCUUUGGCAAGUACUGGCAGUGUGAAAAGAAAAAGAUCUAAAUCCUGCAGAAUCUUGAAAAAACACAUUUAAUGUCUCCACAAAGCUUCUGGGAACCAUGGUGGUGGCAGCAUCAUUAUUUGGGGCCUUUUUUUCUCCAGCCAAAUCUUUUGUGAAGGUGGAGGCAGCAGUUCCAAAUAGGAGUCAGUGUUUGCACAAAAAUCCUUCAAGCUUCUGCUAGAAAGCUAAAGAUGAAGAGGAACUUGAUACUUGAUCUUUCAACACAACAGCAAUGCAAAGCAUGCAUCCAUAUCAGUAUAGCUUCACCAGAGGAAGAUUAAAUAUUUGAAUAUGCCCAGCUAGAGUCCAGAUGUGAAUUGGAUUUAAAAUGUACGGGUUGAUCUGUCGCCGUGGUUACAACCUGCCCUCACAUUCCAAAAAACAUUUUGCGAAGUGGAGCGACAUGAUGGCCAUGCUGAUGGACUCAAACCCAAAAAGACAGAGUGUAAAGUUUCAGAUUAAGGGUAUGCCAAUUCAUCCAUCCAUCCAUCGUCUAUACCUGCUUAUCCUUGCAGGGUCACGGGGUGCCUGGUGCCUAUAUCCAAGCGGGGUAUACCCUGGACAAGUCACCAGUCCAUCACAGGGCCUGCCCAUUAAUGCAACAAAAUGAUUUCACUUUUUUAAUUUUUACUUUUGCCCCUACAAGGUUUUUGUUUAUUUCUUACAGCUAAAUAAUUUGUCAUGGUCUCCUCUUUUCUACAACACAAAAAAGACAUUUUAACAACAGUGUGCAAAUGUUUUAGAUCAACUAUAUUAAAAAUCCUGAUGCAAACAAGUAAACUUCUAAUUUAAGAUGUUUUCAGGCCAAAUGUUGCAUCAUUGUACCUCAUCUAAAUACGGUUAUGUGGAGAAGCCGAUGCAAGUGUCUUUUAGGUUAAUACAUCUUUGAUCAGGGGUGUGUUUAUCAUUUUAUUUCAGAAAGACGAAAAAUGAAUUUCCAAGGCAUCACACGGAUAAUUACAUGAUAAGUUACUGUGCAACUAAUGUUACAAAAUAAGAAAUGCAAAUCUUACAUUUCAUCGUAUUUCUCAUGCAGCGUUUUCAUUAUUGCUGCCCCUGAAAUAUGCUCCUCUACACAUUUGAAGAUGGGAACACUUCAGUUAAAUUAAGAUUCGCAAGAAGCUUUGUUUAUUUUUUUGGCUUUUUUUUUUUCCUUUUUAAGGCUGUUUAGCACCCAGUGUUAAAUUUUGUUCUAUCCUGUGUGUCUACUUAUUUACUAUUCAUUGGACAUGAGAUCUUAAGUACAAAUCAAACUGUUAUUGUGCACUGAGUCUGAACAUCACAACUUGGAGUCAUUUGAUUUAACUGAUGUGUGCAAUUUGAAAAUUAGACUCCUAACACUUGAAAUAAUUGUGUGCCUGUAUCUGUAUAAAUGCAUAUUUUGGUACAAAAUGCAGCUAUUCAAGAGCAUGAUCCUUUUUCUAAAAGUUUUUGAAUUGUGUUGAUGAAUAUUUUUCUGGAAAAUUUCUUAUAAUAUGAUUGCAUCAAUAUUUAUUUUAGGUCAUGCUCUUUUUAAUUCUUUGUUAAUUUCUCAUUCAACCACUCAUACAGCUGGAUAAAUAAAACAGAUUGACAUAGCUGAGAAAAGUU